CGGGGUCACCCGGCGGCGCGUGCGGCCCACAGCUGUCCCUCUGGGCUCCCACUGCCAGCCUCUAUACAGCUCCCCUGCAAGCUGAGCUCCCACUGCCAAGCAGUCCGACGAGCUGUGUCUCCACUGCCAUACCGAGCUAUCCACCGAGCUGUGCUCCACUGCCGACCCGGAGCGCCAUGCGGGUCCCGUCCCGGUGCUCCUUGCUAGCUGCGGCGCUGGUGGCCGUCUGCGGCGCGUCCAACCUCACUGCGAGUCGUCCGCCGCUGCCAUUCGACCAGGACGCCGUGUUGAAGGCUGCCGAGACCGGAACGGUGCCGCUCAACACACUACUGCUGGCCAUUUCGCAGAGUCCGCGGGUUGUGGAUACGCGUGACUCCCUGCAUCUUCCGCCUCCGGCGCCGCACUCGCAUUUCGGCCCGUUCGGCCAGCUGCUGGAGCGAGACGACCGUCCUUCCGACGAGGAGGUGCUGGCCAGGUCCGAGCCGCUGACGCCGCAGGAUUUCAAACGCGCCCAGUUCAUGCCUCUUCUUCCGCCGCCGCUCGACGUCGACAACGUGCUCAACAGCGAGGAUCACUUCGAGGGCGACAUCAUCAUCACACCGAGCGACUUUGUGACCAUCAGCGAGGACAGCGACGCCAUCGAGCCGCACAAGCUGUGGCCGGACGGGGUGCUGCACUACGCCCUGGCACCCCAGUUCAAUCGCAACGAGCGAGCCGUCAUUGCGCGCGCAGUCAUGGAGUUUGAGCGGCACACGUGUCUACGCGUGCGUCCGCUGCCUCCCGGUGAUACCAGUCGGCACUAUGUGAACGUGGUGAAGGGUCGCGGAUGUUACAGUGGCGUCGGUCGAAUGGAGAGCACCCAAUCUCGCAGUCAGGAACUCUCGCUCGGCCAGGGUUGCAUCUUUCCCGGUGUGGUCAUGCAUGAGUUCAUGCACGCGUUUGGUUUCUGGCAUGAACAGAGUCGACCUGAUCGUGAUAAUCAUGUCUUUGUACACACGGACAACAUCCGAAGGAACAUGCUAAUCAACUUCAAAAAGUACGACUGGGACACAGUCGCGACUAGAGCAGAGCCUUACGACGUCGGAUCCAUCAUGCACUACGGUCCGUACGCGUUUGCCGUGAACAAAUUUCGGCCCACUCUCACGGCACUGCGCGACACGCGGACCGAGAUGGGUCAGCGGAAGCGCUUCAGCAAGAUCGACAUCCGCAAGCUGAACCGGCUGUAUGGCUGUGACGACAAGGACGUACCGCCUCCGGACCCGCCGGGAGGCGACGGCGACUGCCGGGACGACAGUCAGUACUGCCCCUACUGGGCGCGGCGCGGAGAGUGUGGCAAAAACGAGAAGUACAUGCACGAACACUGCCGCCGCUCCUGCAAAAGGUGCACCGAUGGAACAUGCUCCGAUCUUCACCGGCUCUGCAAAGGUUGGAGCAGAAAGAAGCAAUGCAAGGAGAACCCCAGCUACAUGCUUAUCUACUGCCGGCUGUCGUGCAAGGUUUGCUCCGAGAAGAACGUCUGCGAGGACAUGCACCGGCUGUGUAACUUCUGGGCGAGGACAGACGAGUGUGAGAAAAACCCAACGUUCAUGGAGAUGUACUGUAAAGCGUCCUGCCAUUUAUGCUGAUUGUUGACACUGAGGAUAUUUAUUACGAGACGGUGUGAAUGAACUCGGGAUAUACCAGUUCAUCUUCGUGUGAUUAACUUGGUCAUCAGCCCUGAACUACUGCCGCAUAAAGUAAUGUAUGUUGUCGUCUAUUGAA